AUGGUUGCAGAUGGUGUCCAAAAAUUAAAUGAAAACAUCCAGAUAUUGAAUAAAGAUUACCAAAUAGAUAUGGCAAGUUGUAUGACCGGUCAAGUGGAAUCGAUUCAUUCCACGCAUCACCACAAGCAUCAAGCAGGUGCCCAUGUUAUUAAUUAUGCCAGGUCAUUUGGGAACACUGGGACCCUUCCGCUUAAUAUGUACGAAACCCACAAUCCAGUUGGCCAAAGGAUACAGUUUCACCAAGUAGAUGAUCUAGAUGGGCUUGCUGGCUUUGAUGAAGUCGAUGAAUGCCGGAAUGGUCAGGAUGGACAAGAUGAGUACAGCGACGAGAGUGGUUCUAGUGAUACGGAGGAAAGAGAGUCAAGCGGCGAAGAAGGUGAAACAACAUUGUCAUUUUUAAAAACAACUCGUUCAGGACGUUCUAUUACUAUAAACAGAAGCCUCUUUUCCACAUAGUUGGAGGUCUUGGAGGUUUGAAAGCAUUCCGAGGUAAGUACAGAUGAGUACAAUGAUUCUACAAUUAAGGAAGACAUCCUAUAAUAAUUCGUGAAUUUUGUUUUAUUUUUACGUGAAUCGUGAUCGCUUAGAUUUUCCGUGAACGUGAAGGAAUUUUUUCAAUUUUUCGUGACUCGUGAAAAGGCAAAAUAUUUUUACGUGAAAGCAUAUUGUGAAGGGGUAUAGGGGGCCCUCAAAUAUUAAUCAAGAUUAACCAGACUGAAACAUGCACUAUUACCAGUAAAUAAAUGUCACUUGACAAAUUGUUUAUUAUGAAACAAAGUAUAUUAUUAUCUACAAAAUACAAGCACAAUUUAUUCGUCCGAAAUCCGCGUGUGUUCCUAGCACGAAUACGUUUCUUAUUUCAUGAGACCACUGCAUCACGAAGGAUCAUCAUGGAUCAUUCGUAGUUCUGAAUUAGGGCAUGCUGUCACAAUGGAAUUGUAAGCUCUUCUAACUUCUGCAACGUUCUGAAAUAUUGUUAAGAACACCAAAACUCUUUUGCCUUUUCUUAACUCCUUCUCAACAGGCCGGUUUCGCAUUACAUUUCGAUUCAAUUUUUCUAAUAUCUCGGCGAGUAUUUACCCCCCUUUUAAAUAAAUGCCACCAUUGAAAUCCUCAUAAAAUAACCUUUCGAACGGGGGGUCAAGUGCCGUCAAAACAUUACACAAAGCGAAACAAUCAUAUAUUUACUCACCGCUUGGCCAAAGAUUCUAAAUUUCAUAUCCACAAGAUCUUGAAUACCCCUUGAACUUUUCGUCAUUUGCUGAACGGCUAUAUGUGUAAAAUACUCUCUGUAGUCAAGCGCUUUCGUGUAGAAAGUUUCGUAUGUAUACGCCGACUAGAAAUAUUUAUUUUGAAUUUUUCAAGAUGUCGGGUUUUACUCGCACUUGCGUACAUUGCGCAAUAAUUGGCCAAUAAGAAGCUCCUUUGGCCGGGAUGACGUCAAACUCAGGCGGGUAGGUGCAAUUUGACCUUGCGAAUCCAUUUCUGGCCUUUCCAGGGUCAUACGAUACAAACGCCGCAUUGUUUUGACGGUUUUCAGUCGUAUUUCCGGUUGGGAUUAAUUCACUUCGAGCUCACAGUCGGACAAGAAAUGGAAAUAUAUUGAUAAAAGAUACAGAUUUGUAGAUUCAGGGUUGCAAAUAACACUCCAAAAAGACUAUUUAAUGGGGAUUCGAACAAGACUAUUACAAAGAUGAUAUGUUCGAUGGGGCCGAAGUUAUUUUCGGCGAAAGGUAUGGGUAGUCUAUAAUAAUCUGUAUUUUUGUUCAGGCAAUUGCAUAAUUUGAUACAAUAUGAUCAUUUUGACUUUCAAAGGCCCAUAAAUCGUUACAAUACUAAUGACUAUAACCAUCGUUUGGAACUAGUUGAUAUUUUAUUUCUGAAUCGAAUGGUGGUAUUUCUGUCUUCAUAGCAUGCACUGAACCGAAAGUAUGAAAUUUCGAGAGAAACAUACUGACUCAGUUGGUUAGUCGCGUCAAAACACCUAGCUAUACUAUAGUUCUCGCAAGAAUAUUUGUUUGUUGAAUAUGUUCUAUUAUAAAAUGCUUUCAUAUUAUAUUUGUGUAUGAUGUAUUUUUGAGAUAUUCAUAUAUAAACACAUAGUUCCAUUUGACAAUAUAUAUAGCAGAUUUAGCUACAGUGCAAUCAUACCUGCGAAGUAUACUACAGCCUACUACAGUUUAUUAUUUAAACUGUGCAAGAUCAGUAACCGCAUAAAAUAAUAGUAACAUACAGUAUACUAGUGAUUUAAAUUACUUAAGAUACACAGCUUUCCCUGAAACAGAUUUCAUGUCUUUACGCACACUUAAUUUUAUCAUUUAGUUACAAUUCCAAACGUUUUUCAUGAUGGUUUUCCGUAGAUCAUAGUACAUCUACCACUAUAUAUCAGAUUACCAAGGCAUGUUGUCUUUAAUAGCGAGAAAACGGCUCCCUCAUCUCCGCUUAAAUAAAGGCAUGUGCAACUGAUUUCUUUUGUAAACUAUAACUCAGUCUUCUGUAGUUUUAUUAAUGUAAAUAAAACUUGCGUAAGGCACACAAUAAGCUUUUAUCGAAGUCAAGACGCGUAGCAUGAGGUGAAGUAAACAAAUAUGAACCUCGCGUGACUUGCAUGACAGAUCUCCUUGGCUUCUAUGAGUUAAAGAACAAAACUUUUCCCCCAAAUCUAUCAGGUAGUGGUCUCUGUGUGUUGCACACUCCUGGAUGUCCUUUAUUUCGAUCACAGUUUGACUUUUAUGGCAAUAAUCUAUCGAACUAAAAAGGCAACACAGCGGGAAGUGAAGCAACAACGUGGUGCAUCAUGAACGCGUAUAAAAUGCAAGUGCGUUCGUCAAAGAGACUUUUUCACACACCUUUCUCCGGCACUGCUAUCCAUUUAUACUUGUUAAAUAAAUGCUAUUCUUCAACUUUGCCUUGAAAAGUUUCACCGAAAUCAAGUUUCAACAAAAAUAUUUUUAAAAAACAAGGAAAAAUGCCGAAUUCUUAGCUAUUUCUGCUAAUAAUUCCGGCAAUGCUCCGAAUUCAGGAGGGUUUUCAAGGGGGGAUUGUAGGCCAUGCACGUGCGAUGCUGUGGGACCCCUAGACAGUACAAUUUGUCCUUCUCGGCAUGAUUCUCAUCGCUCAGAAGGCGAAAAUACAUGGCCACAACAACACCAACAUUUUACCGUUUUCAAAUAACCAUAUAGGUCAUUUGUGCGCACGAGCUAAUAGACGGUUCGAUGUAGUACAGAUUGAGCAAGUAUCGUUUGAGUAUGAGUUUUCCAACCAGAAGUUAACCUUGCACUAUAGUCCCUGAUAAUCAAACCAGCUGAUCUUCUGGGACUGGUCAAAUCAACUAAGCUGUUUUGCAACAUUUGUUUCCCACCAAUACUGGAGCAGAAUAUUUUCCCCCCAGUUUGUUAGUGCAGGUAUUUUUUUGUUCAGAAUAGCCUUGCAUGUUAAAUGGUCAGCCACUUUACAGGGGGUUAUCAGAUUAAAUCACUUGGAGCUAUGUACGUAAUAUGUUACUAAUAAUGAAAAUGAGGCUGAAUAACCAUAGUUACAGGAUAGCCAACCACAAUAGAGAUGUCAAGGUUAGCAAAUUACAAUAGUGAUCUUUGCUGUUCAGUCUUGUUUUCAAGAUCAGUGAUGUAAUUACCAAAAGGGUCUAAUAACCAUGAGCUUUAUAACCACAUACUAAUGCUUUAUAAACAUAUACUAAUGCUUUAUAAACAUAUACAAAUGCAGCAGCACACCAGAUGUUUCAUUCUGUUUAAUUAAAAAUGGGCUGAUUUCAGGUGAAUAAUCCCUGAGCCAAUGGCACGGAGCGCCGUUCCAGGCAUAAGCCCGGGGCGAGGGUACUAAUUCUGUCCGGCUAUUUACACCCGGGGAAAGGAACGCACUAGCGAAGUCUAAAGUUCAUCAAAUAUUGUGGGUGCAUGGCUAUGAUCCAAGGGUGAUCCUCCCCACUGAUCUCAAAAGUACAGCGGCUUGUCAUGGAAAUGGCAAAUACUGACUGGUCAAAUUUAAAUUUCGCUUGUUGAUGAUCGCAUUGCGACAUCAUAAUAACAAACACCUUUUGAAAAUAUAUCUGCUUUUUUAAAGAUUUGCAAAUUCACAAGCUACUUUUACAUGUUGUAUACUUUUAAAAGCUUUAAAAAACCAUUAUGCAUACAACAAAUUAAACAAAAGAUAUGGAGCCAAAUGAAAAGCAACAAGAAGAUGGGAAAAAAUCAGACAGGCUGGCCAAAAGAAGGGAGCAAAGACGCCGACGUUUGCUCGAGGAGAAGGCCGAUGAAAAAGAAACUCACUUGGAAAACCGUAGAGAAGCUUGGAAAAAAAGGACUGCAGAAGCUAAAGGUAAGCAAAAAGAGUAUCAUAGGUUGUAUUAUAUAGAGAAAAUGCAGAAUGAGACUGAAGAAUGAACGAAAAGGCUUCAAAACACGAGACAACGACGAGCGUCAGAAACUGCUGAAUCAAGAGCUAGUAGACUUGAGAAAUUACGAUCGUAUUUAUAAACAGCUGUUGCUAAUGAGAGCGAACAAGAUCGACUGAACAGGCUAGCUAAGAAGAAAAGUGCAGCAAAAGAAUUAAGACACAAUAGUAUACAAAUAGGAGAUGAAGCAAUUGAGGUAAGUGUACCUGUUUUUGAAAUGAAUGGAAGUAUUAGGAAUAACUGUUUCUGUGCAUGAAGCUAUGAAGGAAACUGUAUCUGGCCCUGAUGUUGGGGCAGAAAAUGAAUGUGUUCAUGAAGCCACAUGUGAAAAUGUAUCCGUUUCUGCAGCAGUGGAGGCGACUGCAUCUGUUACUGAAGCAGUGGAGGCGACUGCAUCUGUUACUGAAGCAGGUGAGGAGAGUGAGUCUGUUAAUGAAGCAGAGGGUCAGAGGCGAGUAGAAAUGAAUAUUUACAUGAGGGUGGUUGGCAAAAUGUUGACAAUCCUCUGCAUGAGCUAGAGUUUGUACAAAAUGAAAUGCACAGUUUUCAUGUAGAUCAAGAACAUUUAGAGCAUCGACGAUGUACAAUAUGUAAAGAAGCUUGGCCAAUAUGCCAGAACUUGGCAUCAGAAGUAUUCAUUUGUUACCGGUGUAAAAGAGACAAGAAAUUACCCAAGAAAUUUAGUGCCAAGAAUGACAUGGACCCAGGAACAGUUCCUGAACAAUUGAGAGGUUUGACACAGGUAGAAGAAAUGUUAAUUUCAAGGGUUUGUCCCAUUAUGAGAGUGUAUAGAAAACAUGGGGGUCAGAGGGGGUAUAAAGGACAUGUACUUAACUUACCACAAGAUAUUCAAAGUUUCUUGAAUAGGUUGCCUUCACGUGUGGCAGACUUGCCUGUUUUGAUUGUGCGAAGACAUGGUGCAGAAGACGCACAUCAAGACUUUACUGUGCGUCGACACAAAGUCCUCGAGGAUGUGUUAUGGUUAAAGACAAACAAUCCAUUCUUUAAAAAUAUCAAAAUUGAUAGAGAUGUCAUCCAAAGUUUACCAGAAAAUGGUAUUCCCAAUGAGCUAAGGUAUGUCAUUGAUGAAAAUGAGCUUUCAGUUCAUGUUGAAAAUAAGGGGCCUCCCCAAGGAAGGAAAAAUCGUUUAAUAGCUAACACAGAUUGCAGUCUGUAUGACUGA